GACACGCCCCGGAUUCCAGAUUCCAGAUUGCGUGGGUGCCAAGCGAGAAGCGAGAGAGAGAGAGAGAGAGAGCGCCCUUCUGGUGUGCCGUAUCGGGCUGGCUGGACUACUUGUUCCCGCGAUACGCCGACGGCUCAACAUUCACCGCGCCUCAUUCCUCCUCAUUCCUCCCCUGUCCUCACUCACUCACUCACUCACUCACUCACUCACUCACUCACUCACUCACUCACACUCCUCUCACCACGGUCUCCAAUGUCAUCGUCGCUCACCCAGAACUCGCCUGUCCAUCUGCGUACUUGUCUACGGAUGCUACCAUGGUUCCGUCCCAUGGCUCGAGACGCGGUGAUCCGCUGGAAUGACAUGACAGCUCACGGCCAUCUAGACCUCCAAGCGGGCAUUGUAUUGUUCCAAGUUAUUGUCACGGUGAUCCUCGAUGCCAUGGCUGCAAGUGUGCGUUGUGUCCCCUAUCUUCUCGGUCGCGAUUCACGUUCCUCCGAGGCCCUGCAUCACGAUCGUGGGACAGAUGAUUGGAGAGCUUGCGCCGCAACCCGCUCGCUCACGGGGCACCUCUGAUCGGUCGGCGGCGUUUCGAGCGAAACAUGAUCUGGAUUCGGUAUACGUCUCUCCUCUACAUUGCAGUCUGCCCCAUCACAGACCAGGAUGGUGAGGAGUGCAUGUCAUUUUCCAUGGCUGGGGAUCAUCAUCAGUCUCAGACUUCGUAGGUCAUAGAUCUUGGGAACGCGCGUGUGUGUGUAUGUGGACGAUAGGUCACAGCCAAAAUUGGGAACACAUUCAUUACUCCAUACAACCGAUAGAUCAAAGCACAUCUGCGCCCCUUCCGUGCCGCUAUCCAUGUGCCUCGCAGGGACAGACAUCCAUACUCCCCUGCCAGAUGCGAGCUUACGUGCUUGUGUCGAGAGAGGGAGCUUUGACGACCUUUGGGUACAGCAGCCCCGGAGUGAGCGAGGCC